AUGCCAUUCCCCGUCAAAAUGACCCCGACACCUCCUUCUACAAAUUCCUCGAGUGCUGGCCACUCUCCAGAUUACAGAGUCGUCCGGAAACGAAACCGGGUACCUUUGUCAUGUGGGCCUUGUCGGCACAGAAAGCUGAAAUGCAAUCGGUCAAAUCCCUGCGAAAACUGCGUCAAACGAGGAGAUGCCGCUUCAUGUAACUAUGCGCAACCCAACUCGCGCAGGAAGAACCCGUCCCAGCAGUCGCCCAACACACCAGAUGAUAUGCAAAAUCGCAUCGAUCGGUUAGAAGGCUUGGUUCUUUCGUUGAUGACAAACGGCCCUCAGUCUGAGGGUCCAGCUGCUGCCAUGGCCGCAAUCUCUGGUGAUAGUAGUGCGGGCUCGACUCAGUUCUCCCAUGACUACGAUAUCGAGGAGGAGGGUAUGGAGGGUGCUGAAGAGAGCGACACGGACCAAGUGACGAAGUCGUUUGGUGUCAUGAAGAUGGACAAUAAUAAGUCCUACUACAUCAGCGAAGCUCAUUGGGCGGCUAUAUUGCACGAUAUCUCCGAGGUGCGGAGCUUCUUCACAACGCACAAGAAGCAAGUCGAUGAGCAGGUUGAGAAAGUCAAAGCGGCCCGACCAGCUACUGAUGCACCAGGCGCGACGUUGUUGUUUGGUAUCAAUAAGCCGAUGAGCCGUAGCGAGAUAAUGAGUGGUCUGCCAUCUAAGUAUACAACUGACAUUCUUAUUGCUCGCUAUUUCAACUGCUAUGAUCCUGCAACCCAUAUCCUUCAUGGGCCCACCUUCCAAGCACAGUAUAAUAAACAUUGGGAUGAUCCUUCUGCGACUGAACUUGUCUGGAUCGCUAUGCUGUUUGCAAUGAUGAGAUUGGCAAUGCUAUCUUACCACCGCGAAGGGGAUGAGCCACCUGAAUUCCGGGGCAAGGCAAUGGACAUGGCUGGGGGAUUCCGACAUUCUGUAGCACAGUGCUUGACAUUGGCUGACUACACGAAACCUCACCGCUUCUUGAUCGAAGCACUCGUGUUUCAUUUGCAUGGCGAUUUCUCUCAGACUCGAGAGGCGGACAUUUCGAUCUGGGUUAUGACUGGGGUUAUUGCUCGUUUAGCAAUGCGAUCAGGGUAUCACCGUGACUCCAAAAUGUUCCCAAAUGUCACACCUUUCCAGGGUGAGAUGCGCCGGCGAGUGUGGACCUUUGUGCGCCAAGCCGACAUUCUAUUCUCUCACCAGGUCGGGUUGCCAGGCAUGAUCCGUGCUACAGAUACAGAUACCGAGCUACCUCGGAGUUUGUACGAUGAUGAUUUCGAUGAAGACUGCAAAGAGCUCCCGCCACCUCGUCAAUUGAACGAGCCAACACCAAUCUCGUAUUUGAUUGCCAAGGCACGCCUAUCGAACUCAUUCAGUCGUGUAGUUGAGCAAAGCUCUGCUGUCUCGUCAGCUCCUUACGAGAAAGUGAUGGAAAUAGAUGCGGACCUCCGACAGGCAAGGGAUUUGAUACCGGAUCACUUGCACAUUCGGCCUAUGGAGGAGUGCCAGUUGGAUCCUGUUAAUCUAAUCAUGUCGCGGUUUGCCGUAAUGGCCGUAUACAACAAAGCCCAGAUUGUGCUCCAUCGCCCGUAUCUGCUUCGCGCUCGAGAAAAUCCUCGCUUUGCCUAUUCUCGAAAAACAUGUAUCGACUCAGCAAUGGAGUUAUUGCAAGUACAGUCGGUUCUGCACGCGGAAACGCGCACCGGACGCCUACGGAGUCGGCAGACCCGAGUAACUUCCCUCAGUUCUGCCGACUUCUUACUAGCAGCCACUGUUGUUACUCUCGACCUAUAUCAAGGUAUGUCAUUGCAGGGGACCGGCCGACCAUCGGGAGACACGUACACAUGGGGCCGAGAGCGCCGCGAUGAAAUGACCGCCGCGAUUCAACACUCGAUAGAAAUUUGGGAUGAGUCGCGUGAUGAGAGCAUGGAAGCAUGGAAAGCAUCCACCGUUCUCGGUGUGAUGCUCAGCAAGGUGAAAAUGUCGAUCCCAGGCCUUGAGAGCGGCACCGGAGCAGCUUCAUUUGAGCCACAAGACGAGAAGCAGAACGCGGCCAUGACCCUCGGCCUGCUGAGCAGCGGAAUGAGCCCGAUGAAUCCGGGCCCGCCGCCAUUCGCUGAUCCCAUGUUCAAGAUGGGAGAUUUGCCAAUGGGACCAGGAGCAGGUGGCAUGGGUGGCUCGGCUGAAAUACCAGGUGCGCCUUCGCCCUUUAGCAGCAUGUUCGGGCAGAUGCCGGACAUGCAAGUCAAUCUGGAUUGGGAUGCUUGGGACUCAUACAUUCAAAACCCGACCUUCGACGCAACAAAUCAAUUCUGGCCUAUGAUUGAUGCACAGCGCCCAAUAAACCAACAGUCCGGAGGCAUGUCACAGCCUUUGGUCCCUAGUCCUCUAGCCUCGGGGCAGGUGCCGUCAACUAGUGGUGUUCCGCGACCGCCGACAAUGUACUCAGCAUCCUCCAACAGUCCUGAUAGUGGAGGUGUGCCAAUAACAGGAUACGGCACGACGCCAAUGUCCCAACAAAACCAUGUCACGUGCUGGGACUUAUCUGUCAGGAAAAGUUAUCUGGCUUCGCGCAAUUCUUCUCCAGUCAACAUAUUAUUUUUAAUACAAGAUCAACAAAUCUUGUGUUAUUUUAAUUUUCGUGAUAGUCGAGUCCGAGUCCAAGACCUUAUACCUCGUGUUCUCUCGAUGCAUUGCUUCCGCCGGGCCGUUUCUCGGCUUCAAUUGUCCCCAGCGACUUCGCGCUCAUCAAUCACCGCCUCUACCGCAGUGCUGCGUUCAACAUGUCCUACUCCGAUGCUCGCCGCUACGCGGUUCGCCUACCCUACCCUCACACAGACACGGUUGAACUCGACAAAUGAAGGCGGCCCACGCAUUCCCGUCAGUUAUGUUGAGUCUGUCUCACCGAAAGCCUCGCCCGACCAAGUCCGCCUGGACAGAACUGAGCGCCGACGUAAGUAUAUCAGCGAGGGCCCUGUACCGAAGACUACCCUGUAUAUCGGCAACCUCUUCUUCGAUGUGACCGCCGAGGACCUGCGCAAGCACUUUGAGAAAUACGGUGCCGUUGAGAACGCACUGAUCGUUCACGAUGCCCGCGGCCUGAGCAAAGGUUUCGGCUACAUUACCUUCAGCACCGUCGAAGAAGCCACCGAAGCUAUCACACAGCAGCAUGGAGGCAUUUUGGAAGGCCGCGAGGUGGUUGUGCAGUUCUCUAACACGACAUACCGAUCCAUGGCCGACAGCAAGCCCAGCAAGACCCUCUACAUCGGCAACGUGCCCUACGAAUUGACCGAUCAGGAUCUGCAAGAUUUGUUCGAUGAUGUUCCAGGUGUCACCGAUGUCCGCAUUCCCGUUGACCGUCGCACCGGCUUGCCCCGUGGAUUCGGACACAUCGAUUUCAAAGAUCAGGCCAGUUCUACCAACGCCAAGGAGAUUCUCUCCCGCAAGGCGCCUUACGGCCGCAAGCUCACUGUCAGCUUUGCUAAGCGCAAGGUCUUGAGCCCCGAGGACCACCUGCGUCACCAGCAGAAGAAGACGGAGAAGAGAAAUCCCCCCAGACAGCGUACCCCUACCGGUUUGAGCGACGCGCAGGGAGUGCCUCAGCCAAAGCAGGCCGAGCAGGUUCCCGAGGUCAAGGAGCCUGAGUCUGUGGCUGAGCCAGUUGCUGAGCAGGUGGCUGAGAAGACCGAGACCGAGCAAAAGCAGUAG